AUGACAGUUCAAACAGUUUGUAAUGAUUAUUUAUGUGGUACAAAUAAUACUUGUCAAGAUUCGGAACUUAGCUCUAAUGGAUAUAUUUGUAUAUGUAAUAGUACGACAAUUUUUAAUGGAACAACAUGUAUUCAAAAGAAUAUUUGUGAUAAUGUAUCUGGAUAUUCAAAUGGUAUAUUACCGUGUACUGGUCAAUUUCAAGUAGCAAUUGAUUCAGGAAAUGAAUGUCUAUGUCAAUGUCGAGAUGGUUUUAUAAAUUCAUCUGGUGUUUGUAUCAGUGCUACUAGCGUAGGAACGAUUGUAUGUGAUAAUACAACAAAUAUUUGUUAUAAUACAUCAGCACCAACAGAUUUUUUCUGUCUAUUUCGAACCCAAACUUAUAAUAGUAACACAAAUACAUGUCAAAGUAGUUUUUGUGUAGACUAUUGUCAAAAUGGUAAUUGUUCAUAUAAUGACAAAGGUUAUACUUGUUCUUGUCCACCAGGAACAUCACUUAAUUAUGCAUUAAAUUGUGCUGCUUGUGCAAAUGGUUUAGCUGGUCCUAAUUGUUCAUUAGUAUGUAAUUGUGAAUUUGGAGAAUGUAAUAUUAAUGCAACAAGUGAAGCAAAUAAAUGUACAUGUUCAGCUGGUUACACAGGCUCUCAAUGUGAUCAAUAUAUUAACUAUUGUGAUCCAGUCAGUAAUAGUUGUAAUGUAAAUGCAACGAAUCGUGUAUGUAAAAUUGCACCAACGAAUACUGAUGUAACUAGUACACGUGCGGGUUAUAGUUGUAUUUGUCAAAGUGGAUAUCAAAGUAUAGCAAAUAGUGAUGUUUGUCAAGAUAUUAAUGAAUGUACUUUGAAAUCUACACAAGAAAAUGUUUGUCCACAAUCAACAACAAUAUGUGUAAAUACAAUUGGUUCAUAUUAUUGUGCUUGUCUUUCUGGUUAUACAAAAGCUAAUCUAACAGAUACAAAUGCUUGCGUUGAUAUAGAUGAAUGUUCUACUAAUUCUUCGACAUGUUCAUUAUAUUCAAAUUCUUAUUGUGUUAAUCUUACACCACUUUAUGAAUGUCGUUGUAAUUUUGGUUAUGCACCCAAUGGUGAUUAUAAUCAAGCUUAUUCUGCUCUACAACCUAUUCAAACUUGUCAAAUUUAUGAUCAAUGUGCUGCUAAUCGUAUUGAUUGUGGUGGAGGAAUAUGUAAUAAUACUAUAACUGGAAGUUCUUCAUCAGCUGCUUGUUAUUGUGCUAAUUCAUUAGUACUUAUUUCAAUAUCAACAGGCGUAUACGAUUGUAUUUGUCCAUCGGAUACACAUUAUUAUAGUGGAGGAGUUUGUAUAUCUCGUACUGAUGCUGGACAAGGUCUUUCGGGUGAAUCAAAAUUUGUCAUAUCAAUUAAUUGUGAAAAUCAAUCUAUGAUAUUAAAUAAUAUUUUACAACAAUUUAAUACAUCAUUUAAAUAUCCCUAUAAUUUAACGGUAGUGAAUAGUACACUUGGUUGUGAUGAAUCUGGUAAUAUUGAUGUAACAUUGGAUUUUAAUACUGAUAAUAAUAUAACCACACAAAAUACUCUUUUCCAAGUACUUGCUAAUAUUACAGGAAAUUUAAAACUUAAUCUUUUAACAAUUGGUAAAUGUAAUAAUCUAACAACAUUGGUAACUAAUGUUACAUCAUGUUAUCUUUUUGAUCUAUGUGAUCUUUGUGGAAGUGAUCCAGAACGUGGUGUAUGUACAUCAGACACUGGCGUCGGUCAAUGUAAAUGUUUUGUGAAUACAAAUGAUCCAUCGGAACCAUAUACAGGUGAAUUUUGUAUACCAACAUCUUCAGAAACAACAUUAGCUACUUCUGCAUCAACAACAUGGACGCCAAUUGUUGUUGGUGUAUUAGCUGGUCUUGCUGGUCUAUUCUGUGCUAUAACAUGUUGUUUAUUAACUGUUGCUUUUUGGCGUCGUCGAAGACGACAUCCAUUAAAUGGAGAUGAUUUACGUAUUCGCCGUAUAUGGAAUUUACCACGUGCACAAGUACCUCAAGAAGUAACAGCUUCAAAUGUUCACACAUAUAUACAAAAUAUACCAUCAAUAAGCUCGACAGCAAGUGUACCAGAAAAUGAAACAAUAAGUAGUGAUCGUUCAACAUAUCGUGCAACUUACGAUCAUAAUAAUAUUCAUGGAACUGUAAGUAGUAAUUUUUUUAAAGAACUUGAUCAACAUAUGGGUGCAAAAUUACGUGCAACAAUAACAAGACCUGAUACAACUGCUAUGUUAUCAAGUUUACCAACUCCAAUACAAGAAUCACCAUCAUCAUCAUCAAUAACAACAACAACAUCAUCAAAUAAUGAUGAUCCUAUUUAUGAUCUCGAGGCUGAUAUCUUUAAUGAUGAUGAUGAUAUUGAUAGAUCAUUUCAUGAUCCAGUCGAUGAUCUUAUUGACGAUAAUGAAAUGCUUGAAGCAUAUAAUCCAAAUUUAAAAAUACCACGUCCACUUUAUAGUUCACAACCAUCAGGUCUUUUUUCAUUAUCUUAA